CUCUCUCUGUCUCUUAUCUGCCUUUGCUUCUCUAUUCUCUCAUUGCCAGUAUUUCUCCGGACAGAUCAAAAUUAGGACAAGCCACUAAAUGCGUUCCUCUUUGUGGCAUUCACAGACAAGAAAACACAUAUUACUUCUUACCAGUCCCUGUUUAUGUGUGUUUCAAGCUCAAUUCUUAACCUUGAAUCAUUGGUUUACGAGAAGUAAAGCUUUUGGAUAUUUCUGGUCUAGGACCUUCUUUCUUCAGAGUGAUUCUGGUGAUUCAAUCUACUCUGGAUCAAGGAAUAAUGUUUCCAAUUCAGGUAUUUGUUUCAGUAAACCUUUUAGUGAAGACACUGAUACGAUUCUUGAGAAUGUCAAAGUCCCGAGUGAUUGUGUUGAAACUAUUAGAAAUGUUCUUAUGAAACACAGUUGGAUACAUAGAUUUGAGAGUGAAUUUAGUAUUGAGCUUGAUGAGUACAAAGUCAUCAGAAUUUUGGAUGAUUUGUUUAAGGAGACUUCGGAUGCAUCUAUUGCUCUUUACUUCUUCAGGUGGUCAGAGUUGUGGAUUGGUGCUGAGCAUUCUAGCAGAUCUAUCAGCCGUAUGAUUCAUAUUUUGGUAUCUGGAAACAUGAAUUUUCGAGCUGUAGAUAUGCUUCUCCGUCUGGUGAAGAGAUGCGGUGGAGAAGAGAGACCCUUGUGUUUACUUAUGAAUGAUAUUUUUGAAACUCGUAGUGAUCGUAGGGUUUUAGAGGCCGUGUUUUCUAUGCUGGUUGAUUGUUGUGUUCAGGAGAGAAAAGUAGACAUGGCCCUGAAACUAACUUACAAAAUGGAUCAGUUUGGCAUAUUUCCUUCAAGAGGUGUUUGCAUUUCGUUGCUCAAGCAAAUUCUACGGAUUCACGGGUUGGAGUUAGCUCACGAGUUUGUUGAACACAUGAUUAGUGGAAGGAGGCAUCUAAAUGCUGCUGUGCUUAGCCUAUUCAUUAGCAAAUACUGCUUUGAUGGUUGUUUUGAUAAAGGUUGGGAAUUGCUUAUAGGGAUGAAACAGUAUGGAAUCAGACCAGAUGUUGUGGCAUUUACAGUUUUCAUUCAUAGUUUAUGUAAAGCAGGCUUUAUGAAAGAAGCAACUUCUGUGUUGUUUAAACUCAAACUCUUUGGCAUCUCUCAGGAUUCCGUAUCCGUUAGUUCUGUUAUCGAGGGGUUCUGUAAAGUAGGAAAACCAGAGGAAGCCGUUAAGCUCAUUCAUUAUUUUCGUCUUAGACCAAACAUUUUUGUGUACAGUAGCUUUCUGUCAAAAAUAUGUAACGAGGGAGACAUGCUUAAAGCUUCCACCAUAUUUCAGGAGAUCUUUGAGUUGGGGCUCCUUCCUGACUGUGUUUCUUAUACUACCAUGAUCGGUGGGUAUUGUAAAUCUGGCAAAAUAGAUAAAGCUUUCCAAUAUUUUGGAGCUCUGUUAAAAAGCGGAAACCUACCGUCUCUAACGACGUAUACACUGCUUAUUGGUGGUUGCAGCAAGUAUGGAAAUGUAGGUGAUGCAGAAGCUUUGUUGCGGAAUAUGAAAACCGAGGGUUUGGUGCCUGAUGUUGUAACGUAUAACAAUCUAAUGCAUGGGUAUGGGAAGACUCAUCAGCUGAAUAAAGUUUUUGAGCUUGUUGAUGGGAUGAGAUCUGCUGGUAUCUCUCCAGAUGUUGCAACCUACAAUAUCUUGAUACAUAGCAUGGUCACUAGAGGAUACGUUGAUGAAGCAAAUGGUAUUAUCAGUGAGCUUGUUCGACGGGGAUUUGUUCCUGAUGCAUUUGCUUUCACUGAUGUGAUUGGUGGGUUCUCGAAGAAGGGAGAUUUUCAGGAAGCAUUUCUUUUGUGGUUCUACAUGGCUGAUCUUAGAGUGAAACCUGAUGUUGUAACAUGCAGUGCGUUAUUACAUGGCUAUUGUAGAGCGCAGAGAAUGGGGGAAGCUAUUGUCUUGUUUACUAAGUUGCUUGAUGUCGGGCUAAAGCCAGAUGUGGUUUUGUAUAAUACUCUCAUCCAUGGAUAUUGCAGUGUAGGGGAUAUUGAGAAAGCAUGCGAGUUGAUUGGUUCGAUGGUUCAAAAGGGAAUGCUUCCGAAUAAUAGUACUUAUCAAGCACUUGUCGUGGGGCUUGAGGAAAAAAGGUUUGUCAACUCAGAAAAGCAUGCAUCCAUGUUACUUGGAGAAAUUCUUUUGGCAAAUACUGCUAAGUAACUUUAUGUUUUUGGUGAUUAUUGGCUGCCUUUGUCUCAUGGCAAAAGUUUCAAAACUUUUGAUUUUGUUUAACAUGAGUGAGGAUGAGACUUUUAAAAGUCAUAUAUUGUAUCUACUUCAUUUAACAUCGUAAUUAUGUAUCUGUAUAAACUUUUUGUGAUAACAAUUGAAACUCACUAAUGGAUCGUCUCAUCCAAAUAUACAUUGAUAUUAAGACAUUACAAAAAAAUAAUAAACAACACAAACAAACAAAAAAAAAAAAACGCAGAGUAAAGAAGAAAAGAACCC